GCAUCACUUGUCCAUGUUUUUUAUCGCAUCAUUAUUUUUUUUUCUAGUUUGUGUCAAUUUUUCCAUCAGUUGUUUUGGAUUGUUUCAUCACUUGUGUCAAUUUUUCUAGUUUGUGUCAAUUUUUUCUAAUAAGGCAGAUACAAAACUAGAAUGUUUAAUUAAUGAAUUUUUCUAGUUUGAGUCAAUUUUACAAAAAAUGAAUUUAAUAAUUUAAUUAAUUAUGGAUUGUUUCAUCUCUUUUUUUUUUUUAAAGGGAUAACCAAAUAUGGAAGAUGAAGUCGAUUGCAGAUUGAAUGCGGCUUUGGAUGAAGCUGUCGAUGAAUAUUUUGAAGAUACAUACAACAACAUUGCGAACAACCAAACUAAGAAACAGAGCAAACGUGCAUAUGUCGAACGCAAUCGCGAAGAGGGCCAUACCCGACUAUGGAACGACUACUUUAGUGAAAAUCCGACAUUUCCCCCAAAUUUUUUCAGACGGCGUUUCCGCAUGAACAAGGCAGUUUUCAUGCGUAUCGUCGAUCGCCUCUCGGAAAAUUUUCAAUUCUUUCAACAAAGAAGAGAUGCGACAGGGAGGUUAGGUCUAUCUCCACUACAAAAGUGUACGGCGGCAAUUCGCAUGCUUGCUUACGGCUGUGCUGCUGACGCCGUUGACGAAUAUCUCCGACUUGGAGAAAGCACAGCACUUUCAUGUUUAAGCAAUUUCACAGAAGGCGUAAUAUCUUUAUUUGGAGAAGAGUAUCUACGGAGGCCCACUCCAGAGGAUCUCCAACGACUACUCGAUAUUGGAGAGAUUCGUGGCUUUCCGGGAAUGGUAGGAAGCAUCGACUGCAUGCAUUGGGAGUGGAAAAAUUGCCCAACCGCCUGGAAAGGACAGUACACACGUGGAUCAGGAAAGCCAACAAUUGUCUUGGAGGCCGUAGCUUCACAAGAUCUUUGGAUAUGGCAUGCUUUUUUUGGUCCUCCAGGUACAUUAAACGAUAUUAACGUUCUCGAUCGGUCUCCUGUUUUUGAUGAUAUUUUACAAGGUCGAGCUCCAAAGGUACAAUAUGAGGUCAACGGACACCAGUACGAUUUGGCAUACUACCUCACAGAUGACAUAUAUCCAAAAUGGGCAACAUUUAUCCAAUCUAUAUCAAACCCUCAAGGGCCUGAAGCCGAGUUAUUUGCAAAAGUUCAGGAAUCAACCAGAAAAGAUGUGGAGCGUGCCUUCGGAGUAUUGCAAGCUCGAUUUGCAAUAGUUAAAAACCCGGCUAUUUUGUGGGAUAAGACACAAAUAGGGAUGGUAAUGCGAACAUGUAUCAUAUUACACAAUAUGAUAGUAGAAAAUGAACGCAAUGGAUAUACUCAAUAUGAUACAUCAGAGUUUGAAGAAGGAGCCUCGAGUAGAAGUUCACAGGUGGAUAUGUCAUUUUCUCCCGCGGCUUCAAAUCUCCGUACUAUGCUUGACAUACGGCGACGUGUUCGUGACCCGCACAUACAUGCACAAUUGAAAUAUGAUUUGAUUCAAAACAUUUGGAACAAGUUUGGUAAUGAUGAAGAUGUUUAGUUAUUGUAUGUUUACAUUUAGUCUUUCAAUAAAUGAAAAAUUUUAUUUUAUAUUAAAUAAAUUUAAAAUAUUUUAAAGAUUCAAAAAAAAAAAAAAAAAAAAUCUAAGGAUUCCAUUUCGGAUAACACCAUUGGACAUACAUUAAUGCUUAGAGUCCUUAACUAUUUAAAAAAAAAUAUAUAUUAUUUUAAUGCUAAGGAUUCCAAUGGUGAUAAUACCAUUGGAGUUGCUCUAAAAUGCCCAGUUUAAGACGCGGUCCUUUUUUUUUUUUGCCUUUUUCAUUUAUUUUUUUUCUACUUUUGGUUGAAACUCUCUUUAAGGAUCCCCCGAUGGAGGUGGUCUAAGGGUGCGUCUCAAUUCCCACGUGGGACAAAAGAAAAAUACAGAGAAUCUGGUUAUGGUUGGUUUUGCAUUUGUUUGCAAAAUCAUAACCUGUGGGGCUAAUGUCUUAUAAAGAUAUUACAAGGGCUUAAAUUAAGAAAAUAGUUAAAACUUGAGGACAUUUUAGAAAUAUU